AUGGACAGCACCGUGCCAUCAAGCAACUGGCUCUUCAACGCUGGAUGGCUCGGCGUCACAGCUGUUGCGCUCAUCCAGAUUCACAAACUGUAUCCAUGGUUCGCCUGGCCAAAUUCUUGGACAGGGCAGCGGCCCAGCGUCAAGCCCACCGCAUCAAACACACAGCCAGCCCAGGAUCCCGAUUGGGACACCCUCGACUUCUCGAAGACAGAGCCAAUCGCAGCAAACUAUGACUGGAGCGGCGUAGAAGAGAAGCCAUACAGACCAUGGCACGAUGGGCCGUACCGUGUCACGAUGGGCAUACAAAAGACGCAGCUGGACGACUGGGUCGAGAUCGACAAGCAGUAUCUCGAGCGAUACAAGUACAAGAGAGAUCUCUACGCCAAGCACCCCGACGACACGAUAUGCUUCCGGCCCGACAGCCAUGAAGCAGCGUUUGAGGCCCUGGCGUACCUUGCCGACUUCCUGCCACGGCGAUAUCCCUCCAUGUUCGUCAAAACGGCCAACGGAAUCAGCAACCUGGUCACGGGGGACGACUGGGAUCUGAGGCGGGAUGCGGACACUUGGAAGUCACAUCAUCCACUUCAGGUCAUGGGACUGCUGUCCACCGAAGACUGGUUCAUCAUGCAGACGGACGAGGACCAGGAAACCAUGAGACUGGUCGCGGGUGCUAAUUGCUUCCCCGCCGGAUGGCGUCUCCGUCAGCGGAUCGGGCUCAGCCUGUGGCAGAUCCACGUGGGCAACGUGCCGCAGUACGAGGAGAAGCUGAGCAAGUCCAUGGACCGCUUCUUCCUGCGGCUGCGGGCGGACCGGCCGUUCAUGCGCUUCAACUACGCCAUCGACAUUAGCGGCGAGCUCUUCCACAUCAACUCCCAUCACAACCUGACGGCGGACAUGCUGGAGAAGCCAGUGCUACUGGAGGAUCUGCACCUGCGUGUCGAGCGCCAGUGCCUGCAGCGGUUGCCACGUUCGAGAGCCAUCGCCUUCUCCAUCCGCACCUAUGUCACCCCCAUCACGGAGGUGACCAAGGACAAGAACGUAGCGCGCGCGCUGCGCACCAGCGUCGCCAGCUACACGCCCGAAAUUGCCGAGUACAAGAAUAAGCAUCUGUGGAACGACGUGCUCACCAAGCAUCUCGAGGAUGUAUUGAAGACCGACGGAGCUGGAGAUGAAGAAAUAGAACAUGGCGUAUGA